AUGGUUGGACGCGGGUGGGCACGGCCCGCACGCGCCUGUGCCCUUACGAGGGCAACGGUGACUGGAGCUCUGGCCCAGAAUUCAGAUCUCGCGUGCAACAGGUGGCAUCCGCCAUUCACCAUCUCUGCGAGCAUCGCCCAAGCAGACAAAAGGCUCCUUCUGAGGGCAACGGAGGAACUUGCGGAUGCCAUUGGAGGCCACGACGCCGGAAUCACCACCCUUCCGUCCUGGGCCCUCGGUGCUUUUAUUGAAUAUGGCAGGUCCCAGCAACGCCACGGCUAUGUUUCCUCAGCCUUCAACAUCGAACGCUUCUCCCCCGACAAUCUAUCGCCCAGCGAUGCCGCCAUGGUAAUGGGUUUGGUUUGCAAGGACGAUGGGGACGCCAUUCUCCCGUUGAAUCAGAUUGACUUGGAAUGGGCCCAAGCCGUCAUGGCGGUUUUACUGGGUGAGGCCCACGAUGGCAUUGCCGUGCCGUCGAGGUCCCAAAGCAUCAGUGGCUCCGACAGCGCCGCCUCCGGCUCUGAAAGCGGGAGCUCCGGCGAUGGCAGUAGUGAUGAACGGGUUGCCGACAGGAAAGAAGGCAAGGCGGCCCAACUUGCCGCUACGGGGCCCAGGGGGAAGAGGCAGAGGGGGGGUCCCAAGAAGCCCGAAGCGCGCCGAUCCUCCCUCGCGCGGGCGUCUCUUCCUCCUCCUCAAACGCUGGAAGAAACCGCCACUGCAGGGGCUUCCACCAGUGCCGGGCCACCGUGCCACGAAGGAGACGGCUUUCCGCCCCCAGGCGACGGCAAACGACUCCCCCGCAAGAAGGACACGCACGUGGUGCCUCCUGAGUAUGGCAUUCCCCGGCACCCUAGCGAUCUGCACAAGAGGUACCCCAGGGGCCAGAUGCCUUACCAUCCCGGCCGCGGCAUUGACAUGCGCUGCGCCGCAUGCCAGGCCUUCCAGACGCCGUGCGAGUUCUACCCGUUGGACAUCAAGGCGACCUGCCUCACAUGCUUGUCAAAGCACACAAAGUGCAAGCUCAACGCCAUCUCCGGGGCACCACUGCCAGAAUCGGCCGCUACAAGAUGCUGCGGCGCGAAGAGCAUCAGAAAGGCAAAGUGCUGUGACCUCACAUACCCGAAGAAGCUCUGCAAAGAGCUCGGACGGGUUAGCAUGCCCGAUAAGCAGGUCCCCGAGGAUCACCCUAAGUACAUGGCCCACACCAAGGAUCGGCUCCAGCGAGCUCCAAAGAUCGACCUUGCGAAAGCGACCACUGUAGCCCAAGCCAAUGCAUUGUGGAGGGCGUCGUCCGACAGUGAGGAGAGCGAGCCGUUCACAGGAUCCAGCGAUGACGGGCCGUCCUCGGAUAUGGCACUGGACGGCGAGCGGCCACGCAAGCGCCCGCGAAAGACAGCGCACUUCGCCGACUCCCCAGACUCCCACUUGAAACCAGAGCACCGUGCUUCAUCGAUUCCUGGCGCGGGGCAAAGCGACUCACCCCCAAGACGAGGUCCGUCUUUGAGAAGCACUGCCGCGUGGCCGGCAGGAGCCAGCUUGAUCCCCACUGACCCCUCAGCAGGUGUCUGGACGGCGCAUGCUCCUGGACCCCAGCCCAUGCCGGCGGGCAGCAAUUUGAGGGGCAUCGGGUCUUCGGUGCGGAGCACAGCACUGGGAAACCCCGCGGGUGGGGACAGGCUGCUGACACGGAUCGCGGCGCUUGAGGCACGCUUGCUGGAGCAGGCCUCCGGCACAAAAGCGCUCGCAGCCCGCGUCGAGCUCCUCGAGGAUCGGUUGGAGCGCGCGGGGGCUUUCGACCAGGGCCUCUGGCGCCACGGACAGAGCGAUCGGCAGUGA